AAACUGCGAACAUGUUGACCGGUUGUUUGAUCUUCUGUACCAGGGCUGUGAGUUCGGUAGGGUCUACGGCUAAAGGUUGGAGGCGCAUCAGAAGAAUUGGAAAAUAUGCUGGGCCAAUUAUUGUAGGUGGCUGCAUAUUCAUUUCCUAUGAAACUCUGGUACUGGGAGAAAGUGUGACGCUUGACACACAAGCUGUAGAACAAGAAAAGCUGAAGUCGUAUGUCUAUGUGUAUCCCAUUCUACUGGAAAAGCAAGGAUUGGAGGGAGUUCCAGGCAAAGCCAGAAAAAGACUACAAAAGGCAGUCAAAAGACUGGUGCAAGUCACUGCCAAGAUUUUCUCAUUGCCCCUGGAUGAACAUUACUUAAGACAGGAUGUGGAAAGCCAUGAUUCUGAUUUGUGGCUUCUUCUAAAACGGACACAAUCUACAUGUAAAGCAGUACGUGUGCAGGCUGUUCAGGAACUGGCAAAGAAGUAUCACUGGCACGAUUAUCAGUACAGAACGCUAGCCCAAGCAUUAGAUCAGAAAACAAGUAUUGGGCUAGCCAGAUCACAAGAUGUUGACUUUCGCUUUUUUUUACAUCCUCCAUCACCAAGAAUAAUUGAGAACUCCUGCAUUGAAGAUGAGCUCAGAAAUCUGCUGGCCUCUCUACCACAAUCUGAAGUGGAUCAGUGUGUGCAGUACUUUACUUCUCUUGCUCUCCGAGAAAGUAAUCAGUCUUUGUCUGCACAAAGGGGAGGCUUAUGGUGUUUUGGAGGGAAUGGGCUUCCUUACGCACAGAGUUUGAGCUCUGUUCCGUCUGAGAAAGUUGAGUCAUUUUGUCUUCAAGCACUAGCUCAACAUUCCAAGGUUCCAAGUCACUGUGACAAGAUUGUAAUGAAUGGAGGUCUGCAGUUGCUUCAGAAAAUAUAUCAGCUGCGUCAUGAUUCUCAGAAAAUUCAAAGGAAUAUCAUUCGAACAAUUGGAAAUUUGGCUUUGCAUGAACAUCUUCACUCAGCCAUUGUACAAUCAGGAUGGAUUGGUAUACUCGCUGAAGCAAUGAAAUCACCACAUGUUAUUCACGCUUCACAUGCGGCAAGAGCCUUGGCCAAUCUUGACAGGGACACUGUAAAGGAGAAGUAUGAGGAUGGAGUAUAUAUUCUUCAUCCUCAGUAUAGAACCAGUCAGCCAAUCAAAGCAGAUGUUCUUUUCAUCCAUGGUCUGCUGGGGGCAGCUUUUAAAACAUGGCGACAGAAGGACCACAGUAAUAUGGAGGAUAAGGAUGCUGAUUACACAGAAUGUUGGCCAAAGACCUGGUUGGCUGCAGACUGCCCCAAUCUCAGAAUAUUGUCAGUGGAGUAUGACAGCCACCUUAGCGACUGGAGAUCCAAAUGCCCUGUGGAAAAUGAAAGGAAAUCCAUGGCCUACAGGGGUCGGGAACUGUUGACUAAACUGAAAGCUGCAGGUGUUGGGGAUAAGCCAAUGGUGUGGGUAGCACAUAGUAUGGGAGGCUUGCUAGUCAAAAAGAUGCUUUUAGAUGCUUCAGAGGAUGCUGAAUUGAGGUCAGUGGUUCAGAAUACCCAAGGGAUUGUAUUUUACAGUGUACCUCAUUGUGGAUCACGCUUAGCAGAGUACUCUGUCAAUGCUCGUUUUCUGCUGUUUCCCUCUGUUGAAGUCAAGGAACUUAGUAAGGUAUCUUCCGUAGAUUCACCUGCUUUGAGAGAAUUGAAUGAUAAUUUCACCAGAUUGGUACAGGAACAUAAAGUCAACCUAUUGAGCUUUGGAGAGAUGUUACCAACAUACAUCGGCAGCAUGAUCAAACUGCAUGUGGUGCCUCCAAAUUCAGCAGACUUGGGAAUUGGGGAUUUUAUUUCCUUGGAUGUUAAUCAUCUAAACGUUUGCAAACCUGGAAGCAGAAAUUCCUUCCUUUACCUGCGGAGUCUGAAAUUUAUAAAAGAUUCUCUGGAAAUUGAAUUCAAAAGGUGAAUCAUAGUCUCACCAAGCUGUCAUAGUUUUGGCUUUACACGGUGCUUUAUUGCAUUCUAUUCCUUAUCCAAAUAAAAUCUUGAAAAAGCCAAGUACAUGUAUAUUUAAAGAUUAUCUUAAACAUUUUCGUAAUUAAUAAAUGAGACCUAUACCAUCAUAUUAUUAUUGUGGAUUGAUUAAAGACAGAUUGGUUGUG